GUUUUUAACCCACCUUACAUCUCAACGUAACCUUUCUUCUCGUCGAACUGUCACUUUACGCCCCACGCAUAUAUGCCUUCAGGCAGCUAUGUGCUACAUCAACUGGAGACCGAAUGAUUGGAGCUAUUCACCUUCAUCGCCCUAUCCUAGGCCCUCUCCUCGUUUGGCCUGGGCUGCACCCGUCGACAUCCUGGAAUUUGGAGCGAGCAUAGAAGCAUAUUCCACACAGUUGCGUCAAAUUAACACUUUACGCCUAUGCCAUCGGUUCCGAACAGGACCAUUGUCUGAGCUGCCCCAGGAAGUUCUCGACCACAUCAUCAGUUCUCUACACAACAUGCAGAAAGCAGCGACCAAGCCUAAGUGGGAGAGGAGCUUUGCUUGUUUCAACAAUACUUGUACUCGAGGACAUCAUUUUCCUCCGUACUCCAAGGCACUCGACGAAGCAUGGAACUUGAUCAUGGACGACAUGGGCAGUGAAGAUAGUUGGACUUAUAAGGAUGACCCAUCAGAGGAAGAUAAGGUAUCCAUGCUUGAAGAUUAUCUUGAUGGUAAUACCGAAAUCUUUGUAGAGUGGGCAGCGGAUCUUCAUAGCGACGAGCAGGAUAGGUGGUUGGACAUGCUCUGCCCUUGCAAAUCCGCUGUCCCUAAUGGAAACGAGGCGAAUUUCGCGCAGCUCAAUAACAUUCUGAGAACUCAUUUCGGUGUGGAGGCGAUUGUUCUACACGAAGUGCUAUCGGGCAACGUGCAGUCAUUUUUACCCGAAGACACAUUUCAAGGCGACUGCAUAUAUUAUACCUCCUGCUUCCUGGCUCUCACUCAGGAUAUGGAGACUGAGUCUAAAUCACAUGGCCGCACAUCUACGCACAAAAACAACCUCUUUCUCAAACCUGGCAACCACCUUGCGUUCCACCAAGUCCUUGAUCCGGCGCGAUUCAACCUCACGGAAGAUCAGAGACUUCGCUUCACCAGGGCGAUGAGAACCCUCGAUUUGCAACCAUACUAUCACUUGAGCGAGCUUGAAACGAUAGUUACGUCGGCUACCCAAGACGACGCUUUAUGGGCUAUUUGCGACUGUUAGCUGCCAGGAUGUCCGGCGCCGUCGAAUGAAGCCCGAAGCGUUAAAAGGACCAAGCUCCAACAGUACAUUCAGUCGAAGAAUCAAGACCUCGUCAAACAGCCUUGGCCACAAUUGAUGAACAUCGCCACCUCAGAUGCCGUGGCGCCAAGCUAUGUAACAGCUUGAGAAACGGUAUUCUCAUGCAUGUGAGGAUAAGCACAAGGAUUUCGAUUGCUAUCAACUCG